UUGAUCAUUUUUGUGUGUGAAAUUUUCACGGAGGAAGCGAAAGAGAGAGAGAAUUGCGAGUCUCUCACUUUCACUUGCAUUUCACAGAUCAGAUCGAAACUACACCACCAUCAUCAUCAACAACGACCCUCAAAAUUCUCGUACAAUCUUCAAAAAAUUUCUGAAAUUUCCCCCAGAUCCGCCCAUCAAUUCUUCUCCAUUUCGUAUGGUUGUAAUUGUUUACGUGGAUUGGUGAUACAAAUUCAGUUGGGUGUAGUUUGUUUUUGGGUUUUCAAUGGCGUGUAUAAAGGGUGUGAAUCGAUCGGCGUCCGUUGCUAUAGCACCUGACGGGCCGUACAUGGCCGCCGGAACGAUGGCGGGUGCUGUGGAUCUGUCAUUCAGCUCAUCUGCCAAUCUCGAGAUCUUCAAGCUUGAUUUCCAGUCGGAUGAUAAGGACUUUCCUGUAAUUGGGGAUUCUCCGAGUUCCGAACGCUUCAAUCGCCUCUCCUGGGGAAAGAACGGAUCGGGCUCUGAACAAUUUUCUCUCGGCCUCAUUGCCGGUGGACUCGUCGAUGGGAACAUUGAUAUUUGGAACCCUCUUGCGCUGAUCCGUCCCGAGGCAGGUGAAACUCCUCUAGUUGGACAUCUAUCAAGGCAUAAAGGGCCUGUGCGUGGUUUAGAGUUCAAUACAAUUACACCAAACUUGCUUGCGUCCGGUGCUGAUGAUGGUGAAAUCUGCAUAUGGGAUUUAGCCAACCCAGCACAACCUAUUCAUUUUCCACCUCUGAAGGGUAGUGGCUCUGCAGCUCAGGGUGAAAUUUCCUUUUUAUCGUGGAAUAGCAAAGUUCAACAUAUAUUAGCCUCCACAUCAUAUAAUGGAACAACAGUUGUUUGGGACCUGAAGAAGCAAAAACCAGUUAUAAGUUUUUCAGAUUCCACUAGAAGACGCUGCUCCGUGCUGCAGUGGAAUCCUGAUCUUGCAACCCAACUUGUUGUUGCUUCAGAUGACGAUGAUUCUCCCUCUCUCAGGCUUUGGGAUAUGCGAAAUAUUAUGACCCCAGUUAAAGAAUUUGUGGGCCACACUAGAGGUGUAAUUGCAAUGUCAUGGUGUCCCACCGAUACCUCCUACUUGCUAACCUGUGCCAAAGACAACAGAACUAUCUGCUGGGAUACUAUUUCUGGAGAUAUUGUGUGCGAAUUGCCUGCUAGUACCAACUGGAACUUUGAUGUACAUUGGUAUCCUAGGAUUCCUGGUGUUAUAUCAGCAUCCUCAUUUGAUGGGAAGAUUGGCAUGUAUAAUAUUGAGAGUUGCAGCCGAUAUGGCGUAGGAGAGAAUGAUUUUAAUACAGUAUCUUUGAGAGCACCAAAGUGGUAUAAACGUCCAGUUGGGGCCUCUUUUGGAUUUGGAGGAAAGUUAGUAUCAUUUCAACCUAAGACUCCUAUUGCUGGUGCUUCAGAGGUUUAUGUGCAUGACUUGGUAAUGGAGCACAGUUUGGUUACUCGUUCAUCUGAAUUUGAAGCUGCAAUACAAAAUGGUGAACGCUCUUCUCUCAGGGUUUUAUGCGAUCAGAAGUCUAGAAUAUCCGAUUUGGAGGAUGACCGGGAAACAUGGGGGUUCCUGAAAGUCAUGUUUGAAGAUGAUGGUACUGCAAGGACGAAGCUUCUUAGCCAUCUUGGAUUUAGCGUAUCAACUGAAUCGCAAGACUCACAAGGAGAGAUUUCCCAGGAUGUAGGUGCUCUCCAACUGAAUGAUGCAGUAGCAGCAGAUAAUAUUGGAUAUGGGGAUGGUAGAGAGGCCACGUUAUUUCCGUCUGACAAUGGGGAGGACUUCUUUAACAAUCUGCCCAGUCCAAAAGCUGAUACACCUUUAUCAACUGCUGGUGAUAACCAUGCUGCUGAGGAUACUGUUGCUGCAGAAGAACCACAAGUUGAGGAGGGAGUGGAAGACAAUGGAGUUUCAUCAUUUGCUGAUGGUGUGCAACGGGCAUUGGUUGUUGGUGAUUAUAAGGGGGCUGUUGGGUUGUGUGUAUCUGCAAACAAAAUGGCUGAUGCCUUGGUUAUUGCUCACGUUGGCGGUGGAUCCUUGUGGGAGAAUACACGAGAUCAAUAUCUAAAAAUGUCCCAUUCACCGUACUUAAAGAUUGUUUCUGCAAUGGUCAACAACGAUCUAUUGAGCCUUGUGAAUACGAGGCCCCUGAAAUUCUGGAAAGAAACACUUGCCCUUCUCUGCAGUUUUGCACAAAAAGAUGAAUGGACCAUGCUCUGUGAUACUCUUGCUUCAAAACUUAUGGUUGCCGGUUACACACUUCCAGCAACUCUGUGCUUUAUAUGUGCUGGAAAUAUUGAUAAAACUGUUGAAAUCUGGUCGAGGAGCUUGUCUACUGAUCGUGAAGGAAAAUCUUAUGUUGAUCUUCUUCAGGAUUUGAUGGAAAAGACUAUUGUGCUUGCUUUGGCCACUGGACAAAAGAGAUUUAGUGUAACUUUAUGCAAGCUUGUUGAGAAAUAUGCUGAAAUAUUGGCAAGUCAAGGACAGCUAACAACGGCCUUGGAGUAUAUUAAGUUAUUGGGAUCUGAAGAAUUGACGCCUGAACUUGUGAUCCUGAGAGAUAGAAUUUCCCUCUCUACAGAAUCUGAUAAAAACAACAAGGCAUCGACUAUUGAAUACUCUCAGCAACCAAGUGAAAAUAUGUAUGGUGCUGAAGCCACCAAACAUUAUUAUCAGGAGUCUGCUUCAGCACAAUUCCAUCAGAAUAUCCCUAGCACCACAUACAACGAUAACUAUGCCCAGACUGCAUAUACGGGGAGAGGAUACGCUGCUCCUACACCAUAUCAGCCUGCAGCACAGCCUAAUUUAUUUCUUCCAUCACAGGCGCCACAGGCUCCAGAGACAAAUUUCACUGCACCCCCUGCUCAGCCUGCUUCGAGGCCAUUUGUUCCUGCAACACCUCAUGCUUUGAGAAAUGUGGAAAAAUAUCAACAGCCCACUUUGGGUUCUCAGUUGUACCCUGGAACUGCAAACCCUACUUAUCAACCUAUACAAUCAACUGCUUCAGUUGGUUCUGUCCCAUCACACAUGGACCCAGUUCCUGGGCAUACAAUGCCUCAGGUUGUGGCUCCCGCUCCUCCAUCAAGGGGAUUCAUGCCAGUUCCUAAUCCAGGAACUGUUCAGCUUCCUGGUAUGGGUUUGCCUCAGCCAUCCAGCCCUCCUACACAAUCUACUCCAACACAGCCAGCGCUAACAGCUCCGGCUCCACCACCAACCGUGCAGACUGCUGAUACUUCAAACGUACCUGCUCAUCAAAAAGCUGUGGUAGCAACGUUGACUAGACUUUUCAACGAGACCUCAGAAGCAUUGGGAGGCGCCCGUGCAAAUCCAGGUAAGAAGCGGGAAAUUGAAGACAACUCGAGGAAGAUAGGUGCAUUGUUCAGCAAACUGAACAGCGGUGAUAUAUCUAAAAAUGCUGCUGAAAAGGUUGGUCAGCUCUGCCAGGCUCUGGAUGCUGGCGAUUAUGGCCGUGCCUUACAAAUUCAGGUUCUUCUUACGACAAGCGAAUGGGACGAGUGCAGCUUCUGGCUGGCUACGCUGAAACGAAUGAUCAAGACGAGGCAGAACAUGAGGUUGAGUUAGGGAAGACACAUGAUAGCCAUUUCUGUUUUUUUUUUUUUUCUCCUUUUUUUGGAAAUUAUUUUUCCUUCUUAUAGCUCUACCCUUCUUGUGCCACCAAUCCUUACACACACACACACACGCACACACACACAAACACAAGAAUGGCGUCCCUUGAUGAUUGCAGCUUCCGGAUUUUGCCCCAAUGUUCUCCUCUAUGAGCUUGUCUGGUUUCAAAUUGAAAGAGUUAGCUCUCAAGUAUAACUGAUUGUUGUUCUUAUUUUGUAGUUUAGAAUUGAGGAGAAAGUCCCAUUUUGAAUGAAUUUAUCUUUCUUCAUUUUAUAAAUGCAUCCCUGAGCCGUUUCUUAGCUUGCAUA